GUCUCCGAGCCUCCCCGCUGCAGAGAGUCACCUUGCUCCGGCUGCUGCUCGCUGCUGACACGGCUAGAGAUCAGGAGGUCCCGUCCGGCUCAGAGGCACACAGGCAGACAACGCUACGGGAAUCUAACCGGCUACUCGAACAUGGCGGAGGCUAAGCCGAAGACCUCUCCGAAGGCCAUCAAGUUCCUGUUCGGGGGCUUGGCCGGGAUGGGGGCCACAGUCUUCGUCCAGCCUCUUGGACCUGGUGAAGAACCCGGAUGCAGGCUGAACGGCCAAGGGAACGAACGGCUUCGGUAAUACAAGACCAGCUUCCACCCUUGGUCUUCAUCCUUGAGGAAUGAAGGUGGGGGGAUCUACACCGGGCUCUCAGCAGGUUUACUACGUCAGGCGACCUACACCACCACCCGCCUGGGAAUCUACACCAUCCUGUUUGAGAAGAUGACCGGUGCUGAUGGACGGCCCCCCAACUUCCUCCUCAAGGCUCUUAUCGGGAUGACGGCCGGAGCCACCGGAGCGUUUGUGGGGACACCAGCAGAGGUCGCUCUGAUCAGGAUGACGGCAGACGGACGUCUCCCUGCAGACCAGAGGAGAGGUUACAGUAAUGUUUUUAACGCUCUGGCCAGGAUCACCAGAGAAGAAGGUGUCACCAUCAUUGGUUGUGUUCCCACCAUGGCUCGGGCUGUGGUAGUAAACGCCGCUCAACUGGCCUCGUACUCUCAAACAAAGCAGGCUCUGCUGGACUCAGGGUAUUUUGGGGAUGAUAUUCUGUGUCACUUCUGUGCGAGUAUGAUCAGUGGUCUGGUUACCACGGCAGCAUCGAUGCCUGUGGACAUCGUAAAGACCAGGAUCCAGAACAUGAAAAUGAUUGACGGGAAACCUGAGUAUAAAAACGGAAUGGAGGUGUUGAUGCGGGUGGUGAGAAACGAGGGGUUCUUCUCUCUGUGGAAAGGCUUCACUCCGUACUACGCUCGCCUCGGCCCCCACACCGUCCUCACCUUCAUCUUCCUGGAGCAGAUGAACCGCUUCUACAAGACCCGAGUCCUGGACGGCUAACGCACACAGACACGGGACUGCAGUCCCACUGGUGGACUGUCCCUCUAAGACACGCACUCGUCCUUGUACUGUCUUUGUGGGGUUUCCUUUCCACUACGAUUGUUCCUGUACGACUUCACGCGCUCUGUUAAGUUCUUCUGUAGAGGAACGACGGUAGAACCAAACAUCCUUCCCCAUGUCAUAGAACUAAUAAUAAUGUGUCUCCAUGGGGUUGGUGGGUAACCAUGGUUACGUACAGACAUAAAUGGACAAAUAAACAGUGUGAACCUCA